UGUGUUUUCUCAUCUAUAACAAAUGCCACCUAUUGUUCUUAAAAUCCAAAGCAACGAUUCUCUUCCCUUUUCUGACCUUGACCAAGACGAACUCUCAAAGACUUGGAGAGUUUGUACUAAAGUCAAAGAUGCACUUGAAAAUGGGUCUAGACUCGAGAAUUUAUCUUGGCGACUAUGGUUUAUCCAAAACGUCUUGAACGCCAAUGACGCCAAAUUCAGGUCAACCAAAAAAAUGGAGACUGAGCCAGUCUCUAUAAAAAAUGACGACAUGAUUAUGCUGGAGCAACAAUCGGUAUUAGACACGACAGAAAACUUUAUACUCAACCAAUUCACUUCUGACCAAGAGGGUAACCAAAUGAUUGAAUUAAAGGAUAUUUUUCCUUUUGGCAUGCAAGAAGAGGCCAUAGUGUCUCAACCAUGCUAUACGCAUUAUGCGUAUCAAGAGCCAUAUAACAAUUUUGAUUCUUCUGUGCCUGUUUAUGACACGCCUUCGGAUCCUAUUGUUGGCAUUCAGUCACUCUUUAAUGCUGAUGCCAGUACAAUGCCUUCCAUGAGUAUUCCGAGCGAUGAUCACAAUAUGACACAAUUGCAAGAACAAAACAUGGUGGCUGAUUAUAAUAAUGCCGCUUAUGUAGCUGCUGCUGCUGCUGCUACUGCUGCAGCAUUUACAUCCAUACCCAAUGCCACUCUUCAUAACAAAUUACUCGCCACAUUACCUCGACAAACACUUGCUUCAGCUGAACGACUAUUAUCACCUGCCAAAAGACGGUCCGCAACAACCGUAAACAAUAAUAACGAACCACUUGGUUUUGUACCAGAUAAAAACAAACAACCACAGCACUACUUUGGUUCAUUUCAACUGGAAACAUCAGGCAACCCAACACAUCCGACACGGAAACGAUCCAGUACUAAUUCGUAUAAUACGUCUAUGUCUUCUAGCAACUCAAGUACAACAAGUAGUGAGGACAAACCACCCAUUUGCAGUAACUGUGAGACGACUACAACACCACUUUGGCGUCGAUCGACGGAUGAUAAAAUACUCUGUAAUGCUUGUGGCCUUUAUUUUAAAUUACAUAACAUACCUAGACCAAGACACUUGAAACCCUCAUUUGGAAAGAACAACGGCCGAGACACAGAGGACGGUACAGAAAAUGAAAAUAUAGAACAACAGAAAGCGAUUUGUUCCAAUUGUGGUACAAGUAAAACACCGCUUUGGAGAAGAGAUCAUCAGGGUGCUCCAUUAUGUAAUGCGUGUGGACUAUACCUCAAGUUACAUAAUGAAAAACGACCCUUGUCAAUGAAGACAGACGUAAUCAAGAAAAGACAAAGAACAGAGGCGCUGAUUGCCUCUACAUCUUCUUCUGAUGACACAGCCAAGAAACCAAGGUAUUAUGAUCAACAGUCUUUAUAUGCAGCCAAUGAUCAAAAUACACCAGGGUAUCGAAACACAGUUUCAUCACUUCCUGGUACCGGUAUACUCAUGAUGACUAACAAUAAAUCUAUAUAAUUUCUGUACAUAUUCUUAGAAAAAUAAAAAUAAAAAAAAGCUUUUGUUCUUGUGGAUGAGUUGAACUCUAUACACAU